CACCAGCUUCAUUCACGAAGCGACCAGCAACUUUUCUCAUCGCCCACCAAGGGAACGGAACUUUCUCCUCCGUCUCCUGAUACCCCCAAAACCACUUCUUCCUCCAUAUAAAGGAGAAGACGCACCUGCCUCUCCAGAUCGAGGGAGAGGCGCCGUACCUUGAGCCAAUGGACGCGACCGCAGACAACACCGCAGUCGCAGCUCGCCAGCAGAUCGUGGGCUUCUUCAGGCCGCAGCAGCGAAAGAUCCCAGACCCACCCUGGUAACGAACCGCCGUGGUGGUCCCUGUUCCUCCCAUACGACCUUGGGGACGACGACGCCGAUCCUGCUGCUGCGCUCCUACUCGAUUCCUCCCUCUCUUCCUCCUCUCUCUGGCCGUUGGACGAAGACGCCGCGUCGGGGCUGUACUCAGAACAUCAGUUCGUCAAUGACAACGAUUACAACAACAAUAGCCCCUUCCAGCUCAGCCCGCUCGACUUUCUCGAGUCGGCACCCACCUCCAACAGCGCCUCGCUCCAGUCAUCCCCCGAGGAGCAGCUCAUCCAGGAUAUCCUCGGUCUGAGCCCGACGGACGGGCCCUUUGCCGCCGCUGACGAACAGGACAUGGCCGCCAUGGGGCUCUUCGGCCCGGUGCACAGUCACGGCCUGGAGCCGAGCGGUAGGCCCUCCUCGGCUAUAUAUGCCCGUGGGCAGCAGCAGCCGCUUGCAGACUCUCCAGGUGAUGGUGAUGGACACGUUCAACAUCACCAUCACCACGACCUGUUUGCCCACGACAGCCACCAGCACGCCUUCCUGGGCGGCGCCUCAGCCGGCCUCCAGCACCAUGGCAUCUCCCGCCUCCUUCAUCCCCUGCAGGAUCACCACAUCACCCGAAGCAACAGGACCACCACCACCACCACGACCCGCGCGAAUCACCACCAGCCAUUCUUCGCACAAGCACCUGACGCGGCCACCCUUACGGUCGACUCCUCCUCUUCUUCAACCUCCGCCACGCCAGCAUCCUCCGUCCAUGCCUUAUCUCGCACACAGUCUCACCAUCAGCAGCAGCUGCAGCAGCAGCCGCAAAGCGGUCUCGCCGCCACCUCCCCGUCCAGCACCGGCUCCAACAAGCGCAAGCAGUCGGACUCGCCCCCUGUCGAUGAAGACGCUCAGACGGUCCUCAAGCGGCAACGCAACACCAUGGCGGCCCGCAAGUAUCGCCAGAAGCGUCUCGACCGCAUCUCGGACCUCGAGCACGCCCUUGGCGAAGUGACGGGUGAGCGGGAUGAGCUGAAGCUGCAGCUGGCGAGACGUGAGGCUGAGGUGGAGGCAUUGCGUGAGAUGCUGGCUCGGAAGUAGAGAGGAAUUGUACAAAGAAAGAAAGCAACAAGAGCG